AUGGCAGCAACAGCAACACCAACUCUGUUUUCUUUGCUUGUCCAUCAUGGUCCAACGACAUCGGUCAUUCAUGAUGUUGAUAGGAAUCGGUAUUUAUAUAUGGAUUUGUGUCAAGAUGUAUUAGAGACUGUGCUUGUGGACUUGCUUGCAAACAUAAGUGCAGACAUCAACAUCAAGUGUGAAAUACCAAAUUCAAUGGACAUCAUGAAUGUGAAUAAUGAUAUUGAUAUGCUACGUAUGUUUGAUGCAUAUGAAGAUGAAGGGUGUCGUAAAAUUCACAUUCAUGUUUCAUUUGGGCUUCAUGAUCCUCAGUGCAUUACUUCUCAACCCAGUCAAGAACAAGCCAUAGUUGGUAUGACUUCUUUAUCUGAAGAUCCUGAUUUUAGUGACUUUGGCAAUGAUCUUUUGGCUGGGGCUGCUAUGAAUUUUAGUCAUGACAUUAAUGCCAGUAAGGGGAAAGAGGUUACUAAUGAAAUGUUAUUGGCAUUGGCUAGUGUUCCUGGGGAUUUUGAUAUUCUUGCUCCAAUGGGUGUAGACUUUGAAUAUCCUGAAGAAGAAUUACAUAUUAAUGCUUCUGAUGAAGAGUGGCAAGUCGGAAGUGAAGAAGAAAUUGACAGUGAUAGUGAGUAUGAAGUAGAUGGGUCUAUAGUUGAGAAAAAUUCUGAAGGUGAGGAUGAUGGCCUCUCAGACUAUGGCUCUGAAGAAGUUCAUGAGGAUGGGCCUAAUUCUGAUGUUGAUAUAGAGCAAAUUCAUGUGGAUAGGGCUAUUCAAGGAAGAAGGUUCAUUGCAGAAGAAGGUUCAAUAAGGCUAGAAAAUGGCAUGGUAUUUACUAAUGUGAAUGAGUUUAGGGAAGCGUUAAGGGAUUUUGCAAUUCAAGAAGGGUUUGAACUUGUUAGAGUGAAGAAUGAUAAAGCUAGAGUGACUGCAAAUUGUGCCUGUGAUGGAUGUCCAUGGCGGAUUCAUGCUACUAUAACACCUGAUGAGAUUACAUUUAGGAUCAAAACCUAUGUUUCACAGCACACAUGUAUUAGGACCUCAAAAAAUUCAAAUGCAACCUCCACUUGGAUUGCUAGGAAAUUAAGGAGCAAACUUUAUGCAGACCCUGACUUGAGGUAUUCUAGUAUGCAACAAGAUCUGCUUGAGAAGUUUGGAGUUCAAGUAAGCCAAAGGAGGUUAUAUCGAGCAAAGAGAAAAGCUAGAGAAGAGGAUUAUGGCAACCAUGCUAGGUCUUAUAAGAAAAUACCAGCAUAUGCUAAUUUGGUCUUGGAAACCAACCCUGGCAGUAUAGCAAAAAUUCAGUAUGAGAGACCUGACAUUGCAAUGAAUUCUACCUUGAAGAGGUUCUUUUUAUGCUUUGAUGCUAUGAAGAAAGGCUUUAUCAAUGGUUGUAGGCCAUUCUUAGGAAUUGAUGGUUGCCACCUCAAGGGGCCAUUUGGGGGUGUUCUACUUGCUGCCAUUUCUCUUGAUGGCAACAAUGGCUUAUUUCCAGUUGCAAUUGCCAUUGUAGAGGUUGAAUGCAAGGAUAGUUGGCUAUUUUUCUUGCACCAUUUAGAUGCUGCAUUGGUUAGCAUGAUUGAUAAGCCACUUUGUAUUAUGUCUGAUCAACAAAAGGGUUUAAUUGAUGCAGUAGCUCAAGUUUUCCCUGGAGCAAGUCAUAGGCUAUGUUGUAGGCACAUAUAUAGUAAUUUCAAGGUUAAAUUUCCAGGCCUCAUGCUUAAGAUAAAUUUUUGGACUGCUGCAAAAGCGUAUAAUGAGUUUUUGUUUAACAACGCUAUGCAUCGUAUAAGAGUGAACAAUGAGGCAGCCUAUGAUUGGUUGAUGAGUAAGCCCAAGGAAAUGUGGGCUAGACAUGCAUAUGAUCCAAGAAUUAAGAUCGAUCAUGUAACUAAUAACAUGACAGAAUCAUUUAAUCAAUGGGUUGGAGACCUUAGAGCUAAACUAGCUCUUACCAUGUUAGAUGGAAUCCGGAUCAAGAUUAUGGGAAGACUAAAUAAAAGGUUUGAGAAGGCCAAUACAUUAGAUUCUUUGGUUACUCCCAAGAUCAAGAAAACGUUGGACUUGAUCCAACAAGAUUCGAGGUUCUACAAGGUAAUAGCAGCUGGUGAUGAUGAGUACCAGGUUGUUGAUGGUUUUACUACAUUUGUAGUGAAUUUGAUUGUGAAGACAUGUGCUUGUGGUUAUUGGAAGAUAAGUGGGCUGCCAUGCAAGCAUGCAGCAGCAUGUAUUAUGCAUAAAAGGGCAAAUGUAGAAAUUUAUUGUGAUGAAUACUUGACAAGUUUCACCUACCUGAAAGCAUAUGGUGAAAUCAUUCAUCCCUUACCUAAUUUGAAUGAUAUUAAUGCUGAUGAAGAAGUGGAGCCUCCUAUCCUUCGUAGGUUGCCUGGUAGACCAAGGAAAAAUAGGAGGAGAGAGCCAGGAGAGCAACCAAUAGGUUUGAAUGUUGCUAGGAGGUCAAAUACUAUAAAAUGUCAAACUUGUAAAAGGUUUGGUCAUAACAAACGCACCUGUCAAAGAGAUUCAACUGUUGGCAGUAUAAGGGGUACCAAGGAAACAAGGACUGGAGAAAGCUCUAGUGUAGGAGCAUGUGCUAAUGUGAUGAAUAAUGUUGUUGAGGAUGGUUUGGAUGCUACUACACAACAAAGUGUAAAUGUUGCUGCUACUGGUGUGAACGAGUCUACUCCAUUGGCUAAUGAUGAGCCUAGUGGAAGUGAUUAUGCUGCAUUUUGA